AUGGCGAGCGAUACUGACGAUAUAGAACAAAAUAUAGAAAAUUUGAAAACGACGGUAAAGCAAUCUUUUGCUCGCAUUUAUGCCAGUCUUAAAGCUAGAGAACUGAAGACUUUACGCCAGCUUGAUGUUAUUAGGAAACAAUGUCAAGACAACAAAGACUUGGAGAGAAACUGUGUUCAGAAUGUACAAAUAUGUUUUAGCAACGAGUCCAGUUUAUUACAAUAUAUAUCUAACUAUGGUGUUAUAGAUUUUGAAAGACUUAAUUUUGAUAGCAUUACGUUUUUACUCGAGGAUUAUGUGAGUCCUAACGACGAUCAUAUGUAUUCUUAUAAAACUAUUGAAGAGAUAACUAAAGAAGAAGAUAUCAAGCAGCUAGAAGCAAUUGAGGAGGCAGCCAUCAAACAGAUCACUGAGACAGAGGAUUGUGUGUGUUAUGUUAAUGUACAUAGUAGCGAUGUAGCCAAAAAAUUCAGAGACGUAGAGCCUGAAAUAACAAGUACUAGUUCAUCGAAGAACUCAACGGAAAACGAUUCAAAUUUAAAGGAUGAUUUGAUAGUUGAAAAUAAUGUAGAAGAUGAAAAAUCUGAAUCCGACGACAGUGAAGUGAAGAAAAUAAAUCCUACCGACGAAUGGCUUAACUCAAUAAAAGGCCAAACAGAAACAGAACCUACUCAAGUUAAUGAUGUGAUGGAACACAGUACAAUCACCUGUUCCUAG